UGACUUACUUACUGACAAUAGUGAAACCCAAUUUUAGUUUUAUUUUCAAUUUAGCUGGAAAAGUUACUCGGCUGCUAGGCCUUCUAGAGGAACACAAAGUGAAGAAAAGGGAAAAUGUCAGACACCGAUUCGGAUGCCACCAUUGAACCAGAUCCAAGUGACUGGGAUUCACCACUUUUCUGUAAUCCUUCUCCUACAAAACCGACAUUUCCAAAACGACAGUCUACAAAUCACCAACUUUCAGAUUCUGAGGACGAGGAGCCAAAGUCUGUGAUGAAACAGCCUGCAACAAUUCGUCGACAAAAUACACAAGAUUUUCUCAGUGGAAGGACUUCUCCAAAGUUACUUAAGAAGGUAAACAAACAUGUUAUGGCAUAUUCACCUAUUUCAACUUCACAAAAGGAUAAAAAUUCUUCAGAAUUUAAAAAAACCAGUGAUCAGAACAAUUCAGCCAGGGGUGGGAAAUCAGGAGCAAGUAAAAGUGUUCCAGAGACGAGAGUAAAAGAUUGUCCAUCUUUAAAAAGAAAACAUUCUUCAAGUGACAGUUCUAGCAGAGGUUUAGUACAAAGUGCUUGUCAGUCCAUACCUCCUUGUCAAUAUGGCUCAAACUGUUACAGGAAAAACCCUGCUCAUUUCAAGGAAUUCUCACAUCCAUCACCAGCUGAUGAUGAUGGUGCUGCGAGUGGAAGCAAAACCAGACAGGGACCAGUGUCUCCUCCAAUGAAAAGACAGAAGACAGGAACCAUGGCACUUACCUCAAAGGAACCAGUGGCUGUCUUUGAUCAUGCUCAACCAAUGAGCUUCUUUCUUACAAAGGUUAAUGGAAUCUCUAGUGAAUACAAUGGUGCUUUUACAAUGAGUCUCAAAGACAUUUUAUCAGAAAGCAUGGGCAAUUUGCAAGAGUCUUGUCAGUUCAACUAUAUGUUUGAAAUUCCAUGGCUAAUGCAGCAAUACCCAGCAUCAUUUAAACAGAAGCCUCUGCUUUGUGUUCAUGGAUUUCAGGGAGGACAGAAAGCAGGGUUAGAGGCCGAUGCUAGGAAAUUCACCAACAUCAAGUUCUGUCAGGCAAGAUUGGAAAUGCCAUAUGGAACACAUCACACGAAAAUGAUGUUUCUGUUGUAUGACAAUGGACUUAGAGUUGUGAUUCAUACAGCAAACCUGAUAGAGAGGGACUGGCAUCAGAAAACUCAAGGGAUUUGGAUAAGCCCAGUCUUUCCAAAGCUGAAAUCUGGCCCAUCUCUAACACAGGGUGACUCCCCUACUCAUUUCAAGAGGGAUCUUCUACAGUACGUAACAGCUUACAAAGCCUACCAGUUAAAGGAUUGGCAGGACCACAUUGCCAGGCAUGAUUUGUCCACUGCGAACGUUUUCAUUGUGGGUUCAGUGCCAGGCAGACAUAUGGCAGACAAGAAGCAUUGUUUUGGUCACAUGAAGCUCAGAAAACUUCUACAUGACCAUGGUCCCCUCAAGGAGCAGGCAUCAAAAUGGCCAGUCAUUGGGCAGUUUUCCAGCAUUGGUUCACUGGGAGCCUCCAAAGAAAACUGGCUGUCCGUGGAAUUUCUGCAGUCCCUAGCAACCGUGAAAGGGACCAGCAGUAUUCCACUGGCCUCUGUGCCACUGAAACUGAUAUUUCCAUCUGUUGACAAUGUGAGAACCAGUUUAGAAGGCUACCCAGCAGGAGGCUCCAUUCCUUACAGUAUCAAUGUUGCUAAGAAACAGCCCUGGCUUCAGACCUAUUUCCAUCAGUGGAGGUCGGAGGGUAGAGGAAGAAACCGGGCCAUGCCUCACAUUAAGACGUACUGUCGUCCCUCCCCUGACUGGGGGGAGGUUGCAUGGUUUCUUGUGACAAGUUCAAACUUAUCAAAAGCUGCCUGGGGAGCUUUGGAAAAGAAGGGGAGUCAGCUGAUGAUACGGUCCUUUGAAAUAGGAGUGCUGUUUGUGCCUCAAUUCUUGAAUGGAAAGUCAGUGUUCAAGUGCUCAAGUAAGCUGAGAGAUGCUGAACAGAAGUCAUUUGUUCUUCCGUACGAUCUUCCUCCGAGGGCAUAUACCAAAGAAGAUGAACCCUGGAUAUGGGACAUCGCACAUAAAGAGUUACCAGAUUCCAAUGGAAAUAUGUGGUGCCCAAGUUAACAUGGCUAACUGCUAAAUUUCUUAAUGUGUUCAUAAACUCUAAAA